UCACGCGGCCGCUUCCCACUUCCCCCAAAAACCCCCUCGGACCUGGGUUUUGGGGUUCUGGGGAGUUCCGGCCUCGGGACUCCUUGGGGAGCAGCUGCCCAGUGAGGAGGGGUCCGUGGGGCUCCCACGCCCCGGUUUGGACGCGAAUGUGGGGGCGACGCAGGGGCAGGAGAUGGCGCCGGGGCCGGUGUUGAACCUUCUCUUCCUCCUCUUGCUGCGAGCUGCGGGGCUGGCCUGGCCACAGGAAGCCCAACCCUCGGAAGUGACCGGAGCUGUCGGUGGGGUGGCAUUUCUGAAUUCCCACACCUCCCUAAACCCCUCCAAAUACUCCCAAAUCCACUGGCGCUGGAAAAACCAGGUGAAAAUCGCCAUCCAGAGGCGGGGGGAGAAGGCCGAGUACCCCCAGAGCCUCCUCAAGGAGCGGCUGGAGCUCUUCGAGAACUACACCCUCAAAAUCAGCCACCUGCGCGUCGGGGACAGCAGCGAGUACCGGCUGUACCUGGAGGACGACUCGGGCAAGGAGAACGUGGAGAGGGUCCUGCUGAAGGUCUACGAUCUGGUCCCCAAGCCCAACGUCAGCGCCGUCACCAACGGUGACUCCCAGCGGUGCGACGCCAUCCUCAACUGCUCCGUGGCCCUCAAAGAGGUCACCUACGAGUGGAUCCCACCCCAAAAGCUCCCCAUGAAGGGGGACCCUGUCCUGAGGGUCUCCUUCGACCCCGAGGUCGAAACCUACGUGUGCAAGGUCAGCAACCCGGUGUCCUCCAACAACGCCUCGCUGACCUACCGGCACCCCUGCAGCUGGACAGGUGAAUCCUCGUCUGUCACCUCCCGCCCCACUCCCGGCGCCCUGGUGGCCCUGAGACACCUCAUCCUCCUCUUCCUCCUCCUCGCCGUGGCCUGAGGACACCGCAGGUGACAGCUCCCAUCACCUCCUUGCCCGCCACCACGAUGGGACCAACAUCUGCAUGAGGCUCCCAAAUCCUCUGGAUGCAGGAAACGGAAUCACUGGAAUCGUUCAAUUCGUGCUCAACCCGGAAUUCCUCCUCCCCCCCAUCCCAAAGCCUGUGGGGGGACCCAAUCUGAGCCUUUCCCAGGGUUCCCUGGGAUUUUGGGGGAUCCUCCCUUUUUUGGGAUGGUUUUCCCUUUCCAAGGGAGGGUUUGGGGUCGGUCUCUGCCUUCCCAAAUGAUUCUUUGCACAUUAAAUUUGAUCCCCAGCACCUCA